AUGUUCAGCAGCAUAUUUUUACUCUAUUUACUUUAUUUCCCUGAAAGUAAGAAAAGAGAGAUACAUGCGCCGGGUCAAUUACAGUUAGACUUGCCUAGCAAAAUAAAGCCUCCUAUAACAGCGGAAUGGAAAAUAUCAUUAGUUGUUGCUGGUAUAUGCAUUGCUCACCUCGCAUUGUCAUUUUUUAUUUCCGUUCUGCUGUUGGCUUUUGUGGGAGGGCCUGAGCAUUGGCAAACAAAUUUAUGGGCUGCAUUUUUGGGCAUUCUCAGUAUGAUUCUGGCUUCACUUCAGUACUUUCCGCAAAUAUGGAAGACAUGGCAAACAAAGAUGGUAGGUGCAUUAAGUAUCCCGAUGAUGUGCUUACAAACACCUGGUACUGUUCUCUUUGUUUAUUCUUUAAUGGCUCGCUCAGGCACCAAUUGGACAGCAUGGCUGACAUACAUGGUUACGGGGAUUCUACAAGGCAUAUUACUAACCAUGUGUAUAAUAUGGCACUUUAGAAACAAGAGAUUGGGUAUUGGUGAAUUUGAACCACUAGAUGAUACAACAGAAGAAAUAACUAACGAGCAUACCCAUCUUUUAAAUUAA